AAGUGCUAUUUACAAUAAAUGCAGUUCAGUACCAGAGCGUCAAACUCAUGGCUUGUCCCCGAAACCUAUUGGUAGUUUUUCUUUGGAUCUACACAGCUCAGAGAUUGGAUGGAGCUGGACUAAGAGUUGACCAGCCAAGGUUCUUGGAGGUUGAUAGCACCGGUAAGGCCACCCUACAGUGUAACCACAGCUGGGAUGAAAAGACAGAACUAAAAUUAACUAUUCUUAAAGAAAGAGAUUCACGAGAGGUUUGCAUUGGAAGAACAAAUUCAUCUGUACAUUAUGUCAACUCUACAGAACUCCUGCAUUGCCAGAUUAACCGGACAUCAGGCAGUAUUUAUGUCACGUUCUAUGGAUUCAACUCAUCUUUAAUUGACAACUUUUUCUGCAAGAUCGAGAAAUUGUACCCACCACCUUAUGAAGGGAAACAAGGGAAUGGGACGAUUAUGUUCAUCAGCAGCAAGGAGAAUUGCGAGAAAUGUUUCCAGUUUGUAAUGCUCUUGAUCAUGGGGAUUCUCAGUUUCCUGACUCUGUCAAGUAUGAUCUAUAGCAUUGUACUGACGUCGAAGAUAUGCAGAGUUAAAAAGGUGGGAAAGAAAGAAGAGGAGAAUUCUGUGUAUGAGCAAAUGGCCCCCAGCAAUGGUGGAGAGCAUAGCAGGAGGAACACUGAGUCGGCCACAACUCUUUCACGCAAAUACUAAAAGAAAACGUUUAUCUAGUCAAGCACAGAACUUCAUUGUAACAGUUGAACUGCUUCUAUAUUUGCCAGAGCACAGUUGAUGUGGUCUCUUUUGUAGUCUGAUAGCUUUGGAGAAACGCUGUGUAAAAUGGUCGAUGUGUUACUGCCACUCUAUUUUUGUUCUCAAACCAACAAGUCUUGAUACUCGAGUUAUUUUUGUAUCAGUGCAGCAUUGCCUCACAAAAUGAUGCUAGAGCAGGUAGUUCUCUACCACUGGGGACGUGGUUGGAUUACUGGGCCUCCUUUGAGCGAGGGAGCUUUCUCACAGGGUACACUAGCCUCUAGUACUGGAUCCACAAAGUUGUAUAUUUAAAACACACCGUGUAAAGAUGUGUCACUCCUACAUCAUAGAAUCUGUACGGUGUGGAAGAGUUCACACCAACCCUUCAAAGAGCAUCCCAUCCAGACACGACUCCUAUAAGGAGGAAGUGAGGACUGCAGAUGCUGGAGAUCAGAGUCAAAAAGUGUGGUGCUGGAAAAAGCACAGUCAACAUUUUGAAUUCCUGAUGAAGAGGUUAUGCUCGAACCAUCGACUCUUCUACACCAUGGAUGCUUCCUGAGCAGCUUUGCUUUUUGACAACCCCUCUAAUCCAGCAUUUCCCCCUGGCUAAUCCGCUGAGCCUACACAUCCCUGGACACUAUGGGCAAUUUAGCAUAGCCAAUCCACCCAAAUUGCCUACCUUUAGAACUGUGGGAGGAAACCGGUGCACCCGGAGGAAGCCCAUGCAGGCACCAGGAGAAUGUGCAAACUCCACACAGACAGUCACUUGAGGAUGGUUUUGAACUCAGGUCCCUGGUGCUAUGAGGCAGCAGUGCUGACCACUAACUCCAUGCGAUCUGCCUUCCUGCAUCAUUUGGCUCUCCCUGAGAUUUCAGUCCACAUGGUGUGGUUGAUUUCAAAUACUCUGUCUGAACCAACGCCUUCAGGGAUUAACUUGUGUCAAAUUGAAGAGGAAAUGAAAUUGUCCCUGACAAUCCCACCCCCAGCCCACAGUGACAGCUAGCUCCCAAGUAGCUCGAGGUAGCUAGCCUGGUAGCCCAUUGUAAGCAGUCGCUCUCUCUUUGGUUUGAAGCUUUCAUACACGCAACUCAAACAGCAGGAAAACAGAAUGCCACACCGAAGCAAUUAGGCCAAGUCAUGUAUAUAGAGCUGAGGCAAUGCUACUUUAAGAGUAGAUGGUGUUGGUGGAGGAUUCAUUCCUGCAUGUUGUACACGUUCAUAGCCCUCACUGUUGCUCUGUCCAGUCUGGCCAUUCAGAAAUCACUCCAUGAUGCUCUGUGUAUCCAACUUAACAUGUAAGUUACUUGACCGCGUGUUUGUUUCGUGUAAGUUUUAUAGUUCCCAGGUUUGUUCCAGAGAAAUAUACUUUUU